AUGUCUCUGACACCUGAGACCUCCCUUCCAAAUAGUGCUGGCAGCUCAAAGAAGAAGAAGGCGAAGUCGGAUGUGUCACAGCAGGUGGGACAGGUGAGAGACGAGAUUGAGAGCAUGCACUCGGAUGUGAUGUCGCGCCAUGACAGCAAACACCUUUGCUUCCUCACAAAGCUCGAGGUUAAAAGCGAGCAUAGUUGCGACACUAAAAAGUAUGAGUGGCUUCGUUCCAGCCACGAGCACGAAGCCUCCCAAGCCACUGUCACCCAUCAGCGCAUGCAAGAGGUGAAAGCCACCGAGAUUCGCCUUCGUGAGACGGACAUUUGCAUCCACCAAGCACAUUCAGAAGUACUCAACAAGGAAGCGGAGACUCUGCGACUCAAGAUUCAAUUCCACCAAAUGAUGCAGGCCAGCAAUGUGGCAUUAGAUGGAGGAGUUGGGUGA